AUGUCGGCGUGCAAGUCUCUUGCCCAGCGAUGGCCCCGGUACCUUCGUCGCACAAAUAUACCAAUUAUCUCUAGCCAACCAGCUCGACCACUGCUCCGGAGUUGUCGCACCAGCGCGCAGCUAUCUCUGCCUCGUACAUACGCAUCGAUCUCCGCCGCAGAGCUCAAAUUUGGACAACCCCUUCACGAGACUCACCCUCAUCUGUUGAACCCUGGAGAAUUGACUCCUGGUAUUACGGCCCUCGAAUAUGCCCAGCGCCGUUCUCGACUUGCAAACAAGCUUCCCAAAAAUGCAAUCGCCGUGUUGGCGGCCUCGGAGGUUACAUAUCGCGCCGCUGGAAUCUUCAACACUUACCGCCAGGAUUCCAACUUUUACUACCUCACCGGAUUCAAUGAGCCCAGUGCGCUAGCUAUUAUCGCAAAUGACGGAUCUGGGGAUAAUCACAUCUUCCAUCUUUAUGUGCGAGAGAAGGACCCGAAGGCUGAACUAUGGGAUGGAGCGCGGUCCGGUACACAAGCUGCAAUUGAUGUCUUCAAUGCAGACGAGACCGGAGAUAUAGAACGCAUUGGAGAUAUUCUCCCAGCUAUCGUGUCGGAAGCCUCGGAAAUCUACACGGAUAUCCCUGCUUUCAACCCAGGGCGAUCUUCCUUGCACCGUUACUUAUAUGGCCCUUCGGGUGCUUCUGAGAAGCUGAAGAAGAUUGUCGACUAUGGGAAGGUCAAGCCCGUGCGGAACAUCAUGCACGAGAUGCGGGUAUUCAAAAGUGAGGAUGAGGUCGUCCAAUUACGUCGGACCGGGCAAGCCUCGGGGCGAGCUUUCACCGAGACCAUGAGACAGACUUUCACUAGAGAGAAGGACCUGAACUCCUUCUUGGAGUACAACUUCAAGGUGAACGGGUGUGAUGGCAGUGCUUUUGUUCCUGUAGUUGCAGGCGGUUCCAACGCUUUGAGCAUCCACUAUACGCGCAAUGAUGAUGUUCUGAGGGAUGGAGAUCUGGUUCUAGUUGACGGGGGUGGCGAAUGGGGCUCUUAUAUCUCUGAUAUCACGAGAACUUGGCCGGUCAAUGGCAAGUUUUCCGACCCCCAGCGUGACCUGUAUAAUGCCGUGUUGAACGUGCAUCGCAGCUGCGUGUCACUUUGUAGGGAAAGCGCAGGACUCUCCUUGGACAAGUUACACGGCAUUGCAGAAACUGGCCUCAGAGACCAACUGCAACAGCUGGGAUUCGAUGUGUCAGGCAAUGCAAUGGGCAUCCUGUUCCCACAUCAUCUGGGACACUACAUAGGACUGGACGUUCAUGACUGUUCCGGAUACCCUCGAGGCUACAACCUGAAAGCCGGCCAAUGCAUCACCAUUGAGCCCGGCAUCUAUGUCCCGGACGACGACAGAUGGCCAGAGAAGUUCCGUGGGAUCGGCAUCCGAAUUGAGGACAGUGUAUGUGUCGGUGAUGACAACCCAAUCGUGUUAACCACCGAGGCAGUGAAAGAAGUAAGUUACUCCACUUCGUAA